CUUCACCACACACCUCACCCCGUCUCAUCACUCCUUCCUAGCACACCUUAUCAUCACACACACCCUCCCCUCCCCCCCAGGGUCCCAGAGGAGCACCAGAGGGCGCUCCAGGAGUACUUCUCGUCCUCCCUGGUUCUGGACGCGGCGCAGGUCCACAGCGGGAACCACUCGCUGCCCAGCCUGAAGAAGCUCAUCCUGGGGCUCUGCCGGAACCUCAACAAUGAGAUAUCCCGCAUCGUUCCGAGCCUGGAGGCGUUCCAGACGGUCCUGGACCAGCAGAUCUAUCCCGGGAUUGGCCGCUGCAGGAGCCAAGUUUCUGCUGAUCCAGUUCAGUCCAUGUCCUCCAGGCUGGAGCAACUGACAAAACUUCUCCACUCGAUAGAAGAGAAGGCCAAGGGUGCUGUGAUCGAGUCGGUGGGCAUUGACGGGGGCCAGAAGAGGUCCCUCAUCCCCCCCACCUUCGAGGUCAAGUCCGACUCCCUGGGGAUCUCCACCAAGUUGUUCCUCAAGGUGGAUGUGGAGACCGGGCGACUGUACUUCAAGAAGUCUAAGGACGGAUCUGAGGACAAGUACUACCUCCAGAACAAGAUUCUCCAGCUGAUCAAGUCCCAGAAGAUGCCCGCUAAACUCGCCAUCGUUCUGGAGACGGACAAAGAGAAGAUUUUAAAGAAAGAUAUAAUUUUUUACGACACAAAGAAAAGGGAAGGAUUUUGCCAGCUUCUCCAACAGCUGAAGAACAAACACUCCGCUAAACCCGACCCGGACAUGAUCACGGUGUUCGUGGGCACCUGGAAUAUGGGGAACGCGGGCCCCCCCCAGAGCCUGCGGUCCUGGUUCCAGAGUAAGGGUCAGGGCAAGACCCGGGACGACACAGCCGACCACAUCCCCCACGACAUGUACGUGAUCGGCACCCAGGAGGACCCCCUGGGGGAGAAGGAGUGGACGGACACGGUGAAGAACGCCCUGAGGGUCAUCACCGACAUCUCCUUCAAACUGAUCUCCAUCCAGACGCUGUGGAACAUCCGGAUCCUGGUGCUCGCGAAGCCGGAGCACGAAAACAGAAUCUCCCACGUCUUCUCGGACAGCGUGAAGACGGGGAUCGCCAACACGUUAGGGAACAAGGGGGCCGUGGGCGUGUCCUUCAUGUUCAACGGCACCUCCUUCGGAUUCAUCAACAGCCACCUGACCUCCGGCAGCGAGAAGAAACUCAGACGAAAUCAGAACUACAUCAAUAUUCUGAACAUCCUGAAUUCGGGGGAUAAGAAACUGAACCCUUUUGAUAUCACUCACCGGUUCACCCACCUCUUCUGGCUGGGCGAUCUCAACUACCGCAUAGACCUCCCCUCCACGGAAGCGGAGAACAUCGUGUCUAAGAUCAAGCAGCAGCAGUACCAGGACCUGCUGGGCAAAGACCAGCUCAACAUGGAGCGGGAUGAGGGCAAGGUCUUCCUGCACUUCCAGGAGGAGGAGGUCACCUUCCCCCCAACGUACCGCUUCGAGAGGGACACGCGGGAGAAGUACGCGUACACCAAGGCCAAAGCCACCGGGACCAAGUACAACCUCCCGUCGUGGUGUGACCGGGUCCUGAGGAAGUCCUACCCGCUGGUCCACGUGGUCUCGCAGUCCUACGGGUGCACAACUGACAUCAUGACCAGCGACCAUUCUCCGGUGUUCGCCACGUUUGAAGUGGGCGUGACUUCUCAGUUUGUCUCUAAACACGAUCCCAGAAGUGCAUCUGAAGGAGGGAUUAGGUUCAUGAACUGCACGGCCACGCUCUUCACUAAAUCCAAGACAAAGUUCUUUAUCGAGUUCCAUUCCAGCUGCCUGGAGAAGAUAGUGAAGACUUCAGAAGGAGAGAACACCGACGUAGAUAACGGCUCCAUCAAUGUCUGCUUUGCGGAAUUGCAGCUCACGCCUAUCAUCUCCGACCCGGAGUACCUGUUGGACCAGCACAUCCUCAUCUGUGUGAAGUCCACCGAUUGUGACGAGUCGUACGGCGAGAGCUGCGUAGCGCUGCGCGCGGCGGAGGCCUGUAAAACGGGUUUCAAAGUGUCGCUGACGCACCGCGGGGAGAGCACCGGCACGCUGACCGGCGUCAUCCAGCUGCACCUCACCGAGUCCAAGCAGACCGAGAAGCUCUACGACUUCAUCAAAGUGGAAAAGGACGACCACGGCAGUGCGAAGAGUAAGUCCGGCGAAAACAGGUCUGCCGUCCCCCAUACUCUGGAGAUAACCAACCCGAGCUACAUGGGCGUGGGCGUCCGGGGCGGCUACGCCACGGACAUGGGGUGGAGCUACACGCCCAAGUCCGGCAACGUCUCUCCAAAACGUCACGGUCACAGCCGAGUGCCAAACACCCCCGACGAGGCCGAGACCGGAACGGAGAUGUUCGACAACCCCCUCUACGCCGCCAUGGCAAUGCAGUCCCGCAGGGAGCAGGAGCCUCCCCGGUGGGACCCCCCGACCCCGCCCCCGGACGCCCCCAGGUUCCCGUCACCCCCGGACGGCGAGCCCGACCGGGCCCCCAAGCCCACGCCCCGGAACCGCUCCUUCACCUGCUCCGAGGGCAAGCCCCCCCCGCUGCCGGCCUCCCUGGCCCCCGGGCCCAAGAGGCCCGUGGUGCCGCAGCGGUCCGAAGGGGGCGUGGUGCUGGCCGUGCCCCGCCCCCCGCUGCCCAUCAAGAGGGCCGCCCUCCUGGAGCCCCAGCCCCUCCACAAGCCCCGGGAGCCCCGCGACCAGCACACCAGGGCCCCCGCCAGACCCAGCCAGUCCCUGCCUGCCAACAAGCAUGCACGUGAGUGAGGCUCGCGUGCAUCAGAGCAGUCUCCCUGACGUGGACCUGUGACAACAUCGGCCUCCAUCUUGAAAGGACUUCUUUGUACAGUGUAUUCAUGUGAAAAUGUUUUAUUUGCUUUAAUUCGAAGAAAUAUUUCAUUGAUGAUUGUUCACAGUUUGUUAUUGUUGGGAUAGGUUCUGGGCUGGAACGUUUAAUUGUUUAAUAAUAGAUCUUUCUGAAAACACAGCACAAUACGAAUGUUGUUGUUUUUCCCUUUGAUAAUACGUAUUUGUUUGAUGAAAUUUCGACAAAUGUUUAGAGAAAAUAAUUAACUUUCCUCCCAAAAAUGAAGCAAAAUAUAUUGUACAUAGUGAUUCUACCUCUUAAUAAAAAUGUCUAAACUUCAAUAAACUUUUUUUGAAUCGA